GUCCACAGAUAUAUUUGUUCAUCUUUGGGAACACACGUGAGGGGUUAAAGUGUUUUCUGUUUACGGACAUAAAUUAAAAAUUAAUAUUGUUUUAUUCGUAUUUAAUACCGACGUGUUCAAGAGAGAAUAUGUCGUUUUCAUCAGAUGAUUCUAGCUUUUCAAGCUCGUCGUCCAGCAAAGACGGCGAUAGUGACCUUCAAGAAUUUUUGCUGAUUGAGAAGCAAAAAGCUCAAUUUAAUGCUCAGAUCCACGAAUUCAAUGACAUUUGUUGGGAAAAGUGCGUUGAAAAACCAGGAACCAAGCUCGACAGCAAAACGGAGACCUGCAUUGCGAACUGUGUUGAUAGAUUUAUCGAUGUGUCAUUACUAAUAACCAAUAGAUUUGCUCAGUUGCUGCAAAAGAACGCGAUGUGAAACACGCCUCGUGUGGGAAGAAAACAAAAGUGAACAGUCGUUUGUUACAGAAAAACCGUCAGAUGAAAGUGCUUCCUGGUUUUCUUCUUCACACGCACACUUCAGUGUAGAGAAAUAUGCUGUACAUAUUGUUACAUCAGCACUUAUGUGUUGUGCUGCCCGUUGAAAAAAAGUUGUUGUAGGUGUGUUUGUGAGUUAAAUAAAUUCUUGUUUAUAAA